AUGGAAAACCAAUUAAAACUUAAACUUAAGAAGAAGGAAGAAGAGAAGAGGAGAAAGGAGGAGGAAGAAGCAGAAAGAAAGAAAUUUGAAUGGGAGCUGAUAGAGAGGCAGAAAAAGAACAAAAAAAUAAACAGAAGUUCGGACAAAAUUAUAACGCAAUCAACAAUCAUUGAAGAAAAAGAAGAAGAAGAAAACCAAAAGGGAGAUGAGAGUAGUAGGAGGGAGGAUACGGAAUGGAAGGUAAUCACCAAGGGAGAUGAAAUUACAGGUGGAGGAAACAAAACGGGAGGGGGAGAGUCGCUGUUUAUUAACACGGGUGACAAAAAUUUUUCGGACGUCUUGAAAAACAUUAAAAACGUAGUAAAUGUCGAGAAAAUAGGCGUUAAAGUCGAGACCGUCCGGAAAACGGGAGGGGGGGACCUCCUAGUAAAAAUCAAGGGCCAAGGGGCGGCCGAAAGAUUAAAAGAAGAAAUAAAAAGUAGAAUUGGGACAAAAAUGGAUAUGACGGUGAAGAGGAAAGAAUCAGUCUUCACCGUCAUGGAGGUAGACCCUUCGAUCACUCCAUCAGAACUAAAGGAGGUCGUCUGUGAGUGGACCGGAAUCGAUAGGGAAGAAAUAGAGGUGAGAGGUAUGAGGGAGAGCAGGGGAGGCGGACAGACGGCCACCCUAGCAAUAAGAGAAGAAAGAGCGGCCGCCCUUAGAUCUGCCCAGAAGAUAAAGGUUCAUUGGCAGUAUUGCUCCGUAAAGGAGAGGUUUACCCCCCUUAGGUUCUACCGUUGCCUGGAAUAUGGCCACAGCACCUACAAUUGUAGUGGCAAAGAUCGAAGUAGGUGCUGCUUCAAAUGCAUUAAAGAGGGACACCGGGCACAAGAGUGCCAAAAUGAGGCGUGGUGCCUCUCUUGUGAUGAUAAAGGCAACAGGACGGACACGAUGGCGUGCCCUAAACACACAAACAUAGUAUUUGGUAAAUAG